AAAGCAAAGUACCUCAUCCACUCAGUGACUAAGAAUCGCAGUAUUUAAGAGGUGGCAGGAAUGGGCUGAGAGUGGUGUUUGCUUUCUCCACCAGAAGGGCACACUUUCAUCUAAUUUGCGGUAUCACUGAGCUGAAGACAAAGAGAAGGGGGAGAAAACCUAGCAGACCACCAUGUGCUACGGGAAGUGUGCACGAUGCAUCGGACAUUCUCUGGUGGGGCUUGCCCUCCUGUGCAUUGCAGCUAAUAUUCUGCUUUACUUUCCCAAUGGGGAAACAAGGUACGCCUCUGAAAACCACCUCAGCCGCUUCGUGUGGUUCUUUUCUGGCAUCGUAGGAGGGGGCCUGCUGAUGCUCCUGCCAGCAUUUGUCUUCAUUGGGCUGGAACAGGAUGACUGCUGUGGCUGCUGUGGCCAUGAAAACUGUGGCAAACGAUGUGCGAUGCUUUCUUCUGUACUGGCUGCUCUCAUUGGAAUUGCAGGAUCUGGCUACUGUGUCAUUGUGGCAGCCCUUGGCUUAGCAGAAGGACCACUAUGUCUUGAUUCCCUCGGCCAGUGGAACUACACCUUUGCCAGUACCGAGGGCCAGUACCUUCUGGACACCUCCACAUGGUCCCAGUGCACUGAACCCAAGCACAUUGUGGAGUGGAAUGUGUCUCUGUUUUCUAUCCUCUUGGCUCUUGGUGGAAUUGAAUUCAUCUUGUGUCUUAUUCAAGUAAUAAAUGGAGUGCUUGGAGGCAUAUGUGGCUUUUGCUGCUCUCGCCAACAGGUAAGAACCUGCAUGAAAAUCAAUAUGACUGCUAAAAGAACCACCCCAGGACAGAGCCACAAUCUUCCUCUAUUUCAUUGUAAUUUAUAUAUUUCACUUGUAUUCAUUUGUAAAACUUUGUAUUAGUGUAAUAUACUCCCCAUAGUCUACUUUUACAAACGCCUAUAAAGACUGGCAUCUUCACAGGACGUCAGUGUUCAAAUUUAGUAAACUUUUUUUGUUUUUGUUUUUUUUUAAGGAAUGAGGAAACAAACCACCCUCUGGGGGUAAUUUACAGACUAAGUGACAGUCCUCAGUAUAUCUGAGAUAAACUCUAUAAUGUUUUGGAUAAAAAUAACAUUCCAAUCACUAUUGUAUAUAUGUGCAUGUAUUUCUUAAAUUAAAGAUGUCUAGCAGCUUUUUAUAAGACCAAGAAGAGAAAAUCCGACAACCUGGAAAGAUUUUUGUUUUCACUGCUUAUAUGAUGUUUCCCAUUCAUACACCUAUAAAUCUCUAACAAGAGGCCCUUUGAACUGCCUUGUGUUCUGUGAGAAACAAAUAUUUACUUAGCGUGGAAGGACUGAUUGAGAAUGUUCCAAUCCAAAUGAAUGCAUCACAACUUACAAUGCUGCUCGUUGUUGUGAGUACUAUGAGAUUCAAAUUUUUCUAACAUAUGGAAAGCCUUUUGUCCUCCAAAGACGAGUACUAGGGAUCAUGUGUUUAAAAAAAGAAAGGCUAAGAUGACUGGGCAAGAAGAAAGAUGGGAAACUGAAUAAAGCAGUUGAUCAGCAUCAUUGGAACACGGGGAGGAGUGAGGGCAGGAGGACCAUGAGGAAAUACCUUCAAAACUAACUUGUUUACAACAAAAUAAAGUAUUCACUACCA